UUCACUGGGAAGUGACAAUGACCUCACUUAAGGAGAGGCUCUGGUGAACUCUGGAGGAUUUGAGGGAGGAGGAAUUUAAGCAGUUGAAAUGGAUCCUCCAGCAAGCAGACAUCAUGCACACAAUCAUCCCACAUCUUGAAGUCUACCCAGCCAUCCCUGCCACCAGGAUGGAGAAGACAGACAGGCAGGACACAGUUGUUCAGAUGGUGCAGUUCUACGGCCUUAACGGAGCUCUGGAAGUGACAAGGAAGCUUUUCAUAAAGAUCAACAGAAAUGAUCUAGUGCAGCAAUUACCAGACAUCACCUCAGCACCAAGAGUAGUUGAUGUGGCGGCCACCCUUCCUCACCUUGUCUCUGCGGACAGUCAGACUGAAGAUUUGAUGGUGCCAGUACCAAAGCCUCCACGGCCAAUCACGUCAUACCAACAAAUACUCCAAUCUAAUCUUCAGAACCGGUUUAUAUGUGUGCAAGAUGGACCGUCAGAUACGGAGGAUAAAAAACUUCUGGAAGAUAUUUAUACACCGCUUUACAUCACAGAUGGAAACAACAUGACAAUUAACCGGCAACAUGAGGUCAGGCAGAUUGAGAUGGCAUCAAGAAAUCCAGUGGGAACAGAAACAUCAAUCAAACCCUGUGAUAUCUUCAAACACCCUUCUGGAAAAUACAGACCCAUAAGAACAGUGCUAACCAAUGGGAUCGCAGGAAUUGGCAAAACAUUCCUUGUGCACAAGUUCAUCUUUGACUGGGCUGAGAGACAAAACAAUCAAGAUGUACAUCUCAUAUUCCCACUCGCUUUCCGCCAAAUGAAUUUACUGAACGGAAGAAAGUUUUGUCUCGCGAAGCUAAUUCACAAAUGCAUCAGUGAAACCAAAGACAUCAAAGAAGAGGCUCUUAAUUACAUUUUCACAACACUGCAGGAGUCAGGGAACACUAACUAUGACAAGAGUAAAUUUAAACUUUUGUUUGUGUUGGAUGGACUUGAUGAAAACCGCCUUCAACUAGACUUCACUGCCAAAGAAAAACACACAGUCGAUUUGACAAAGUCAACUGGGGUAGAAGAACUGCUUAUGACCCUCAUUAAAGGGACUCUGCUUCCUUCUGCUCGUCUCUGGAUAACCACACGACCUGCAGCAGCCAAUCAGAUCUCUCUUGAGUUUGUUGACAUGGUAUCAGAAGUGAGAGGUUUCACUGACCCUCAGAAAGAGGAGUACUUCAGGAAGAGAUUCAGUCAUGAUGAGCACGCCAGCCGAAUCAUCUCCCACAUCAAGACAUCACAAAGCCUCCAUAUUAUGUGCCACAUCCCAGUCUUCUGCUGGAUCACUGCAACAGUUCUGGAGGAUGUGUUGAAAACCAAUGAGAGAGGAGAGCUGCCCAAGACCCUGACUGAGAUGUACACUGAAUUCCUGGCAUUUCAGAUCAAACAAACAAAAAAGAAGUACGGCACAAAAAAGAGCAUUCAGUACAUCCAGUCACUUGCGAAACUGGCUUUUGAACAGCUUGAGAAAAGGAACCUGAUCUUCUAUGAGAAAGACCUAAAAGAGAGUGGUAUUGAUUUCAGUGAAGCGUCUGUGUGCUCUGGGGUGUUCACACAGAUCUUUAAGAAAGAGCACUUGAGGAAGAAGGACAAGGAUAAGGGUAGGAUGUUCAGUUUUGUCCAUCUGAGCAUUCAGGAGUUUCUGGCUGCUUUUUAUGUGGAGCUGUCACUCAUUAACAGCAACAAGAAUGUGAUGGCUGAAUCCAAACCAACUUCAAAAAGUCUGGGGAUGUUUUCCAGCAAAUCAUCUGCAACAGAGGUCCAUCGGAUUGCUAUUGAUAAAGCCUUAGAGAGCCCAGAUGGAACCACCACAAACAAGGGCUUCAACAUUUUCAUAUGUUCUUUCUGUUCUUUCAUUCAUGUUUUAAGGCUGAAUUUGUGCAAACUGUCCUGGAUAAGCUGUGAACCUCUGGCCUCAGCUCUAAGCUCACAGUCCUCCAGUCUGGCAGAACUGGACCUGAGCAACAAUGACCUGCAGGAUUCAGGGGUGAAGCUGAUUUCCACUGGACUGACAAGUCCACACUGUAGACUGGAAACUCUAAGUCUAUCAGGCUGUCAGGUCGCAGAGGAAGGCUGUGCUUCUCUGGUCUCAGCUCUGAACUCCAACCCCUCCCACCUGAGAGAGCUGGACCUGAGCUUCAAUCAUCCAGGAGACUCUGGGGUGACCCUGCUUUCUGCUGGAUUGCAGGAUCCACAGUGGAGACUGGACACUCUCAGGGUGGACCAUUGUGGAGAGCACCGCUUGAAAUCUGGUCUGAAGAAGUAUGCAUGUGAACUCACACUGGACCCAAAUACAGCACACCGAGGCCUCAUCUUGUCUGACAAAAAUAGAACAGUGACACGGCCAUAUCCUGAUCACCCUGAAAGGUUUGAUGGCUGGUGUCAGCUUCUGUGCAGAGAGGGUUUGACCAGCCGCUGUUACUGGGAAGUUGAGUGGAAUGGAAGGAUUUUUGUUGCGGUGACUUACAGAGAAAGCAGCAGGAGUGGAGACACUGUUAACCGCUGUCUUGGAUGGAAUGAAAAGUCCUGGACUCUGAAGUGCAGUGAUGAGGGGUACAACACUUUGUACAGUAAAGCUAUCACAAACAUGUUGUUCCAACCCCUCGACACUAAAAGAGUCUCAGUGUAUCUGGACUGGCCUGCUGGCACUCUGUCCUUCUACAGUGUCUCGUCUGACACACUGAUUCAACUCUACACCUUCUACGCCCACUUCACGGAACCCCUUUACCCUAGCUUCAGGAUAGGGUUAGGCAGCUCAAUGACACUGUGUCAGAUGGACGAGGAAGAGUUGCCACCUGUAUGAAGAAUUUAGGACUUGUGCUGACUAAGGACGGGUUCUCUCAGGCUUAAUUGGUGGACUGCUGUUGCUGGCAGUCAGUAGUUGCUGGAAAUGUUUCCUAUUUUGUCUCGACUGUUCUGUGUCCUUCCCCAUGUAAUUUUGCUGACCAUUGCACAACAUUUAUUUGCUUUUUAUUUUUUAUUUUUAAUGGCAAGACACAAUAUUUCAAUGCUUUAAUAAAAAAACAAAAUC